CUCUUGACUGUUUUCUUGACCGUGUGGUGUCGCCUCUUCUGCCGCCUCAACGCUCGAAGAUAUUUAUAACUCCUCGAGAUAUUAUUUUCCCCCCUUUCUACUCAAAUUAGCUCUCCUUUGAAGAGAGGAAAAAAAAAUGAGGGAAAUUGUGACGAUUCAAGUGGGAGACUUCGCCAAUUACAUCGGCUCCCACUUCUGGAACUUUCAGGAUGAGUUGCUUGGAUUGGCCGAAGACCCACAUGGAGAUUCUAUUUUUAGGAGUUCAUCAUUGAAUAUGGAUGUCCUUUAUCGUACUGGUGAGACACAUCAGGGUAUUCCUACAUACAAUCCUCGGUUGAUAUCAAUUGGUCUUCAAGGAUCUCUUGGAUCUCUAAGUUCUACUGGUUCACUAUAUACCAGUGAUCCUGAUCCCUCAGAUAUCAUUACAUGGUCUGGUAAUGUAAGCAGAUAUGCAUCAGAACCUCAACAAAAGAAUUUAUUUUUACAAACCUUAUAUGAAGAACAAACUGGCCCUUCUGCUGUAUCAAAUGAUGCUGAUGUUGUCAGUCCCACUCUUCAAAGAGAAGUCCACGAUAAGGAUCGGGUUGAGUGUCUUGAAAAAGGCGUUCAAUAUUGGACGGACUUCUCUAAGGUUCAGUAUCACCCUCGAAGCCUAUAUGAAUUGCAUAGUUCAUGGACAGAUGUUAAGCAAUUUGAUAAUUAUGGGACUGGAAAAGAUGUUCUCUCAGAAGGUCUGCAGGGUGAAGAAAUGAAUGAAAGGAUGAGGCUCUUUGUUGAGGAAUGUGAUCACGUACAGGGUAUCCAAUUUAUUCUUGAUGAUUCAGGAGGUUUUUCUGGCGUAGCUGCAGAAUAUCUGGAGAAUAUUGCAGACGAGUAUACAAAUACACCUGUGUUGCUUUACACCGUAAGGGAUCCACAUGCUUAUAUUCAUGCAAAAAGCCAGAAGGACUCCAUCACAAGGUCUCUUCAUGAUGCUGUUUCAUUUUCAACGCUUUCUUCAUAUUGUAAAUUGAUGGUACCAAUAGGAUUGCCCUCUCUGAGUAGAAGCAAGUUGUCCUCUACUCUUCAUGUUGAAGACCAGAAGCUUUUCCACUGUAGUGCUGUUUAUGCUGCUGCUCUACACUCAAUAAGUAUUCCAUUUCGGAUGGACAUGCGUGGUCCAACAGUGAACACCGCCUAUGUUUCUGGAGCUGUGGACGUUGGAGGAAUCAUACAAAUGUUAGCUGGUCAAGGCAGGCAGAAUAUGGUGGCUACUUUAGAUGUAGCAAUGCCAGCUCCAUCUUUGACAGGAUCUAUCUUGAGAAGUUUGAACUCUUUGACCCCGGAAGUAGAAGAGGAUGUUGACGAUUCACAAGCAUUGGAGUCCUUGAUUACCCAUGGCAUGCUUCAUGCAGGUCGCCGAGCUUCACUUUCUGAAGUCAAUGACUCAAUUGUUGCUGCAUAUGAUUGCGAGAUGUCAAAACCAAAGUUCUCACAUGCUUCAGUGUCCCUAUGCCCUCUUCCAAUACCACUGCCUUUUCCUUCAAUCUUUAGAAGCUGUGUUGGUCGGCAGGGCGAGCUUCUAGAAACUCCAACUGAAAUGACUCAAACAAAGGGAUCUCUUGACAUUGAUUCAAUCCCAAUGGCUGCAAGACUUAGGUCAAGUAGAGCAGUGAUGCCUUUAAUAAUGAAAAGGCUGGAGAAUCUUCGCAAGUUUGGAAUGCAGAGAGGAGCUCUAGGUGGUGGAUUGCUUCAAAACUGGGGAUUUGGGAGAGAAGAAAUAGAAGAUAUGGGAGAAGUGAUGGCGAAGAUGGUCAUGCAAUUGGAUCCUCAUUCUCAAGGGUCAUCAGGCUCUGAUUGGGAUUAGUUCUUUUUCCUUUUUGUACUUUUUGUGAGUGCAAAUGCUUCAUGCUGUAACUGUAUAUGUUUGAAUACGCAGAACAUAGCCUCAACAAGAAUUAUGAUUUAUUUUAUUUUAUUUUAUUUUUUGAGAAACCCACGAGACUUAAGAAAUUACGAUCUAAUUUAUGGUCAUUGAUGAUCGAUCUUCUACGUU